GUGAUCAAGAGCGGGUUUGCAAUAAGAAUAAACAGAGAACUACACGGGCCUUUGAGGGAGAUAUGGAGCCACAGACAGUGACGAUAAGUAAGCCACCUCGUAUGAGGAUUGUUCCACCUUUGAACUUUUGUCCUGUUGAGAGACAGCUGUACAGGUCCGGACAGCCUUCAAAGAUAAAUUUUGAAUUCUUGCAACAGUUACACCUCAAGACCAUCGUAUGGCUUGCGAGUGAAGAUCCAAUUGAUGAGUUUCUAGAGUUUGUGGAGGACGAACAGAUUGAAUUACACUUUGCCGGUAUAAAUCCGGAUGGUGGUGAUAACAACCCAUGGGACGGGCUAACUGAGAGCAGUAUAGGCCAAGCACUCGAAGUGAUUGUGAAUAAGGAUAACUAUCCGUUGCUGGUCUGCUGCGGUAUGGGCCGCCACAGAACUGGAACUGUGAUUGGAUGUCUCAGAAGAUUACAAGGCUGGAACCUUGCGAGUGUGAGUGAGGAGUACAGGAGGUUCACUGGAAGUCGAGGUGGCCGUGUCCUCGUUGAGCUGUUGAUCGAGGCCUUUGACAAGAGCACGAUAACGGUGGAUGAGUCAACUGCGCCCGAAUGGUUGUUGAAAUGAGUAUGAAAUCACCAGCGUUACAUACAUAC